AGGUCGGUGGCCCCCACCAACCGGCAACCAAAAACCAGAAACUCUCCGUCUCUGAAAGCGCCAUUUCUUCCGAUCGGAAUGAUCCAUUAUCGAUCUUCGUUUACAUUUCGAUUCCAUAUAAUCUGAAGCUCAGUUGGGUUGCUCUAGCCCUACGCCAUGCCUUCCUCGCCUAAGCUUUUCCACGCGCGCCACUCGCCCACUUCUCCAUUCUACUCUCGCAGAUCCUCAGUGCUCCUUCUAGUUACUUGUUUCCUCAUCGGAAUUUCUGGCUUCAUUUUCGGAUUGACCUCGUUUUUCAGUCCUCGCCUUAGAUAUAAUUGUUCUAAUCGUGACCCGAGGACUGUCAAAGUCGUUUGGGAUAAAGCGGCUGAUUCUGGUGGCGUUUUUGGUGCUGGUACUGGAGGGAUUGGUGGCGAUGCGAAGCGUCAUAAAGUGAUGGGGUUUGUGGGCAUCCAGACUGGGUUUGCAUCUGUUGGUCGGCGGCAAUCUCUGAGGAAGACGUGGUUGCCACCUGAUCGGGAAGGGCUUCAACGUUUGGAAGAAGCCACUGGCUUGGCUUUCAGGUUUAUAAUUGGAAAGUCAAGUGACAAGAGGAAAAUGGCAGAACUCAAAAAGGAGGUAGCAGAAUAUGAUGACUUUUUGCUAUUGGAUAUUGAAGAAGAGUAUAGUAGGCUACCUUAUAAAACGUUAGCAUUUUUUAAGGCUGCAUAUGCACUAUAUGAUUCUGAGUUUUAUGUCAAAGCUGAUGAUGAUAUAUAUUUAAGGCCAGAUCGCCUCUCGCUUUUAUUGGCUAAAGAACGCACGCACCCUCAAACUUACAUUGGUUGCAUGAAAAAGGGCCCAGUCUUCACAGACCCAAAGUUGAAAUGGUACGAGCCACUGUCACAUUUGCUUGGAAAUGAGUAUUUCCUUCAUGCCUAUGGUCCAAUAUAUAUCCUCUCUGCUGAUGUGGUGGCAAGCUUGGGUGCUCUUAAAAAUAGUAGUUUCCGGAUGUUCAGCAACGAGGAUGUAACAAUUGGCGCUUGGAUGCUUGCUAUGAAUGUUGAGCACGAGAACAAUAAAGCACUCUGUGAACCAGACUGUUCGCCAACAUCUAUUGCAGUAUGGGACAUUCCCAAGUGUUCAGGGCUUUGUAAUCCAGAAAAGAAAUUGUUGGAACUUCACAAUAAAGAAAGCUGUACAAAGAGCCCUACAUUACCGGCCGAUGAUGACUCACGAUAAUCCCCAUUUUCUCCGGGGAGACGAGCUACGCUCGUCAGGGAGUUUUCUGUUUAAUCCCAGGCAUAUAACGUCGAUUUCACCCCUUUUAAUCUUCCGAAUAUGUAUUUUUCUAAAAGAUUUCUAUAAGAUUGAUUGAUUUCAUACUCUUCCUGAUUCCAGGGGGUGGAUUUAGAGUUAGAACAGUAUAGUUUUGGUUGUCACAUCUGAUUCUUUGGUAUCUAAGUCUUAUUUACUUCUGCAGAGCUGUAAAAUUGAGAAGCUGCCACUGCCCUUUGGCUUUUGAGUUUAAUAUCCUUAAGAUGGCAUCGCUUCAUUCUUUCAUUCACUUUGCUCAUCUUUCUGGAACUCAUUUUGUCUGUAACUCACUUUCAAUGAAGUAGAAUGAUGUUUCCAAUUGCA